CUCACCACACCAGCUGUUCGCGGUGAACAAGAAUUGUAAACAAUUAAGAUUUGCCAUUUGUUUGAUUUCCUUGCGUUUUUAGCUGCAUAGGCGAGCCCACCAUGUUCGAACGUAAUCAGAAAACCAUCUUCGUGCUGGACCACACACGGUACUUCAGCAUUGCCAGCGAGGAGUAUAUCUCUAUGGAUUUCCUCAAGGGGAAGCCCUCGGUAGACGGCGGAGGACCAGGAGCGGCUACAAAUGCAGGAGGAGGCGGCGGUGGAUCCCAGUUCAGCAAGAGCCUGUGGACGUGCGCCUGCGAGUCCUCCAUUGAGUACUGCCGCGUGGUCUGGGACCUCUUUCCGGGCAAGAAGCACGUGCGCUUCAUCGUUUCGGACACGGCGGCGCACAUCGUGAAUACCUGGAGUCCCAGCACGCAGAACAUGUCACACGUAAUGAACGCCAUGGUAAUGGUGGGCGUGCCGUCGCGCAACAUGCCCCAAUCCUCGGACUACUCGGUUAUCCACGGCUUGAGGGCAGCCAUCGAGGCUCUGGCCGAGCCCACGGAUGAGCAAAUGGCAGCGGUUGCUGACUUUGGCCCCGAAGAUCUGACCCGCAUUCCCAACAAGGGCCGUGUCAUCUGCAUUACCUCGGCGCGGGACAACACAAGCAUGAAGAGCCUGGAGGACAUCUUCAACACGGUUCUGGUGCAGCAAAACGCCCUAGCAGCGCCGCCUGCUAAAAAGGGCCUGUCCAUCGACCACUGCCACUUGGUCAUUCUUAACAUUGUGCCUCUGGGCGUCGAAUCGCUGGUCACCAAUCGCAGUUUGCUCAAAAUCUCACCGCUCCUGGACGUCGAGAUCCACACGGUUAGCGCCCCGGACAUCUCGUACAAGUUGACGCAUCUGAUCCUAAACCACUAUGACCUGGCCAGCACCACGGUGACCAAUAUACCCAUGAAGGAGGAGCAGAACGCCAAUUCCAGCGCAAACUAUGACGUGGAAAUCCUGCACAGCCGGCGAGCCCACUCCAUUACUUGUGGCCCGGACUUCAGCCUGCCCACGAGCAUCAAGCAGGGUGCCACGUACGAGACUGUGACGCUAAAGUGGUGUACGCCGCGCGGUUGCGGCUCGGCGGAUCUGCAGCCCUGCCUGGGUCAGUUCCUAGUGACUCCUGUGGACGUGACCUCGCGACCAAGUUCCUGCCUGAUCAAUUUCCUGCUCAACGGGCGCUCGGUUUUGCUGGAGAUGCCACGCAAGACCGGCUCCAAGGCCACCAGCCACAUGUUGUCUGCCCGCGGUGGAGAAAUCUUUGUCCACUCGCUGUGCAUCACGCGCUCCUGCAUGGAUGAGGCGCCAGCGAUCGCCGAUGGCCCAGGUGGCCGCGUCUCGGACUACCGCACCGCUGAGCUCGGCCAGCUGAUCAAGAUGUCGCGCAUGGUGCCAUUAAAAGUUAAGGAUCCGGCUGCUCCCAAUAUGGCGCGUCGAUUACCACGGUACUUUCCCCUAACCACCAGCUCCUCGAUACUAUUCCACCUGCAGCGGCAGAUCAGUUGGCUGCCGCACUUCCUGCACCUGUUGGUCAAGGAGGACAUGGACAAGCAGGAGGAGGUGCGUUGCCAGCAACACAUUCACGAGCUAUACAAAAGCGCAUCGCGCGGCGAUGUUCUGCCCUUCACCCAUACCAAUGGAGCGAGGCUAAAGCUCUCUAAGGCCAAGGAUCAGUAUCGGUUGCUGUAUAGGGAGCUGGAGCAACUUAUCCAACUGAACGCCACCACAAUGCACCACAAGAAUCUGCUGGAGAGCCUGCAGAGCUUGCGCGCAGCCUACGGCGAUGCGCCGCUCAAGUCGGAAUCGGGCGCCAGCCUUCUACGCUCCUACACGGAAUCCCCGCUUUCACCUGAGCGCCUAGAACCCCUCAGCAGCGGCAGUGCCAGUGGCAGCAGCAACUCCAAUAGCCUGCUUAAGGCUAGCAAGCGCCGCAUGUCUAGUUGUGGGCAAAGAUCCCUGCUCGAUAUCAUCUCCUCUGCAGAGCGAAGUCAGUCCAACAAGCGCUUGGAUUUUUCGGGUCGUCUUUGCACUCCACUGGGUCAGGUGGCCAAACUGUACCCGGACUUUGGCAACAAGGAGAAGGAUCCACUAACGACGGGCGCCAGUAUUACGCCCAACGUCAAGGAGGAGUCAAUACGCAGUUAAGAAAAGAGAUCCGUAUCUAAAUUACGCAUUUUGACCAAACCAGACAUAUUUAUAGAAAACAACUUUCUGUUAUAUUUUCCUUAAGGAAGACUUAAUUUUAAAAUAAUUGAAUGUUGCAAUUAAGUAUUUUUCUGUGAGCUUCUGCUUUUAUUUGGCCUAUGGCUGAAAAAACAUAACUAUUUGUGGAGAAACCAUUAUUCCCUAAAGUAAGCUGCUUCAAAAUGAAUGAUUCAAACUGUACGUUUAACUUAAGAAAUUAUUUACUUCUGUUCAAUAUCAGUCUUUUAUAACUGUUUUUGAUCUUUCACACCGAUAUCGAUCAUAAUACAUUUUUGAAUUUAAGAAAUAUUUACUGAGUACUUGAUAACACAGAUUUACAUAGUAAGCUUUUACCAAUGAAACGAAUAUAAAUAAAAUAUGGCGUGCAUUUCCUGCAUUUAAUAUAA